CCCGAAGAGCGCCAUAAAAUGACGGCAGCCAAAUAGGGCAGGGCCACACCCUCCUCCUCCUCCCACUGCUCCCCGUCCACGAUUCCCCAAUCGCCGGCUUCCUCGUCCCUCGGAUCCUGCAGAUUGCUGCUAGAAGAGGCGGCUUGUUCGGUUGACUUUCUAUUCUCGGGGUUACCAUUCGUUUAGGCGUGUUUUAGUGGUGAAGCUUCAAGCCUGCGAGGCAAUCGAUGGCUGCUGGAAGAGGCAUCAGCCAGCUGCUGAGGAAGCACCUUCAGUUCCAGUCAUCAGUAAUCGUUCCAUCUUUUAUUUCAUCAAUAAAGCAUGAAGAGGCUAUUGGAUCAGCUGGUAUCAAACCAUUAAGAGUGUUUGCAUUACUUGGAGUUGGUUUUUCUGGUGCUUUAGCCUUUGCUUCACUAGCGUCUGCUGAUGAAGCAGAGCAUGGUUUACCAGCCCCGAGUUACCCAUGGCCACAUGAUGGUAUCCUUAGCUCUUAUGACCAUGCAUCAAUUCGGCGAGGUCACCAAGUAUACCAACAAGUAUGUGCUUCUUGUCAUUCCAUGUCACUGAUUUCAUUUCGGGACCUUGUUGGUGUGGCAUACACUGAAGAAGAGACUAAAGAAAUGGCUGCUGAGAUUGAGGUUGUUGAUGGACCCAAUGAUGAAGGUGAAAUGUUUACUCGUCCUGGCAAAUUAAGUGAUCGUUUUCCUCAGCCAUAUGCAAAUGAACAAGCAGCAAGAUUUGCAAACGGAGGGGCAUAUCCUCCAGACCUGAGCUUAAUAACGAAGGCACGGCAUAAUGGUCAGAACUAUGUAUUUGCUCUUCUCACUGGUUAUCGUGAUCCUCCUGCUGGUGUUUCGAUUCGUGAGGGACUGCACUACAACCCUUACUUUACUGGUGGUGCAAUAGCAAUGCCAAAAAUGCUCAUUGACGGUGCCGUCGAAUAUGAAGAUGGUACUCCUGCCACUGAAUCCCAGAUGGGCAAGGAUGUUGUUACAUUUUUGUCUUGGGCAGCGGAGCCUGAGAUGGAAGAGAGGAAACUGAUGGGAUUCAAAUGGAUUUUUGUCCUGUCGCUUGCUCUUCUCCAAGCUGCAUAUUAUCGGCGGUUGAAGUGGUCUGUCAUUAAGUCGCGCAAACUGGUCGUAGAUGUCGUCAACUGAUUGCCACAUGCAUGUCGUGGACAAUGGAAAUAAUGACCCUCAAUGGUGUACAUUGCCAGAUGCAUCUCCAGCUCUUCGUUUCUCCUGUCUGGGAGAAGUAAUAUUAUUUUUUUCUCCUAAAGUUCAAAUUUUUUGGGUUUUGUCGAGGCUGGUAAUGGCCUUCCAACAGAGUGACUAGAUGCUGCACAUGACAUUAGUUCUUUGUCUGUCUUUGUGGUUGGACUGAUGCCAGUGUUCAGAGUUUACUAAAGCAUAAUUGCUCAUCCGAGCAAAUCAUUGUGAUUUUA